AUGUUUCACAGAUUGGCUGCCCGUUCCCUUCGUUCUGUUUCUGCUUCUGCUUCUGCUAGCAACAGCAGCAGCAAAUGCCACAAGGUCAACUUUCAAAGCAAGCGUUUUUUGAAUUUGCACGAAUACCAAUCCUCGGCCAUUAUGGAACAAGCCGGCGUCAACGUUCCCUUUGGGAUUGCCGCUCACUCCGUGGAAGAAGCUGUCGCUGCCGCCAAUCAAAUUGGAGAUGAAGAAGUCGUCAUCAAGUCUCAGAUUCUAGCCGGGGGCCGCGGGUUGGGUGCCUUUACCAAUGGCCUCCAAGGCGGAGUCCACAUCAUCAAGACUUCGGAAGUGGAAGAAUAUGCUUCCAAAAUGCUGGGAGGCACCUUGGUCACCAAGCAAUCCGGACCGGCUGGAAAGCCCGUCAAUACGUUGCUGAUUGCCAAGAAAAUGGCAUUGGCACGGGAAUGUUACUUUAGCAUCAUCAUGGACCGUGCGUCGCAAGGCGCCCUCAUCAUCGCCUCGGCCGAAGGAGGCACCAGCAUUGAAGACUUGGCCGAAUCCAACCCCGAAAAGAUCAUCCAAGUGCCCGUCGAUCUGCAACGCGGGAUUACCGAAGCAGACAUUGAGACCAUUGUCAAUGGACUGGAAGUGGCUGCCGACAACAAGGCUGCCGCCGGAGAACAAAUCCGGGCUCUCUUCAACCUUUUCGUGGAAAAGGAUUGUACCAUGGUCGAAGUCAACCCCCUGGCGGUUGACUUUGAUGGCAAUCUGCUUGCCGCCGAUGCCAAGAUUGGCUUUGAUGACAAUGCCUCCUUUCGACAAAAGGAUAUCUUUGCCCAACGCGACUUUACGCAAGAAGAUUCCCGUGAAGUCGCUGCCACCAAGCACGAUUUGAACUACAUCGGUCUCGAAGGCGACAUUGGUUGCAUGGUCAAUGGUGCCGGACUUGCCAUGGCCACCAUGGACAUUAUCAGCAUGAAGGGUGGAACACCCGCCAACUUUUUGGACGUCGGUGGUUCGGCCACGACGGAACAAAUCACGGCUGCCUUUGAAAUCAUCACCGCCGAUCCGGCCGUCAAGGCCAUUUUGGUCAACAUCUUUGGUGGUAUCAUGCGUUGCGACGUGAUCGCCCAGGGUAUCAUUGAAGCUAGCAAGACGCUCGAACUCAAGAUUCCCGUCGUUGUGAGACUCGAAGGAACCAAGGUCAAUGAGGGCAAGAAAAUGCUCAAUGAGUCUGGUCUCCAAUUGAUCUCGGCCAAUGAUUUGGACGAUGCGGCUGAAAAGGCCGUGGCUGCAAUUGCAUAA